AUGAUGGGCGCUUACUUUGUUUGGCUACUGGUGAUGAUGUUCUCAUUGAAAAUGAUUUCUGCUCAUGUCGAGUUCACCAACUUCAAGUGUAAGGCUUUGGAUCAAGAAUUUUGCAAUUUCGAAUACUGCGCCAUAAAGGCGGUGAAUCGGUCCUACAAGUAUCUUACAGCUAAGGCUUACCUGCACAAGAUUCCCGUUACCAGAGUGAAGGUUAGCAUAGGACUCUACAAGCGUUUCAGUGGAUAUAAGCCCUUCCUGUACAAUCUUACCGUGGAUGCUUGCAAGUUUUUGAAGAACCCGAAGAGCAAUCCUGUCACUUCCUACUUCUACGAAUUUAUCAAGGAAAUCUCAAACAUGAACCACACCUGUCCCUUUGAUCACGAUCUUGUUUGGGAUAAGCUAUCCAAUGAGAACGUCAAUUACCGUAUGACAAAAAUUCUAUCGUUUCCGAAAGGUGACUAUAUGGUGGAGUUGCACUGGAUUGCCUAUGACAUAACCCGCGCUGUGUUAAAGAUCUAUUUCACUCUUUCCUAA